GCUAGCCAGACCGACGUGCUCGAGAGGAUGAGCCGACGUGCUCGAGAGGAUGAGACGUACGCGCGAUUUUUUACUCCUCCUCACGGUAACCGAUUCUUGUGAACGGCGCUCCAUGUAGCCACCGCCACUCGCCGCCGCACGCCGAUGAUAGUAGCAUGGUGGGGGGUUUAGUGCUCUCCCACUCCCAGGCGAAGCAGCACCAGGUCGUCGGGAUCGCUACCCCGAGGACCGCCGCGCCGGAGCAGGCCGCCUUCAGGGGGAGGGAUCAGGCGCCAUGCGCGGCGGCGGCGGCCCCGCCGCCGCGGAGCCUCGACGAGGUGAGGAAGGCGCAGGCGCGGCACGUCAAGCUCGGCCUCGACCGCUCGCCGCAGCACGCGCGGCCGCUCCUCGCCGCGUGCGCGCUCGCGGAUUGGCCCGGGAGCAUGGCCUACGCGGCGUCCAUCUUCGCGUCGCUCGACGAGCCCGAGCCGUUCGACUACAACACUCUGAUGCGCGGCUACGUCGGCGGCGGCGGCGGUGAACGCGACCCCGCGGCCGCGCUGUGGCUGUACGUGGACAUGGCGGAGGACGGCGUCGAGCCCGACAGCUACACGUUCCCGUUCGUCUUCAAGGCGUGCGCGCAGCUCGGCGCCUUGCAAGAAGGGAGACAGUUGCAGGGACACCAGGUGAAGCUCGGAUUCCAGCAUGACGAGCACUCGCAGAACAGCCUCAUCAGCUUCUACGGCAAGUGCGGCGAGGCUGAGCUUGCUCGCCGCGCGUUCGAGCAGAUGGGGGACGAUGAGAAGACGACGGCUUCCUGGAGCGCGCUCCUCGCGGCGUACACGCGGGCCGGGCGCUGGGCUGAGUGCGUCGAGUCAUUCGGCGCCAUGGUGCGCGAGGGGUGGAGACCCGACGAGAGCUCCAUGGUCAGCGCGCUCUCGGCGUGCGCGCACCUGGGCGCCUACGACGUCGGGCGGAGCGUCCACUGUGCGCUGCUAAGGAACACCACGAGGCUGAACACGUUCAUGAGCACGUCCCUGGUUGACAUGUACGCCAAGUGCGGCUGCAUCGAGAAGGCUGCUGCGGUGUUCGACGCGAUGGACGACAAGAACGCGUGGACGUACAGCGCCAUGGUAUCCGGCUUGGCAUUGCACGGCGACGGGCUUAGGGCGCUGGAGGUGUUCGACGCGAUGGUAAGGGAGGGCCACAGGCCCGACGCCGCCGUGUACGUCGGCGUGCUGAACGCCUGCAGCCGCGCCGGCCUGCUCGAGGAAGGGCUCCGCUGCUUCGACCGGAUGCGGCUGGAGCACAAGCUGACACCCAACGCCCAGCACUACAGCUGCAUGGUAGACCUCAUGGCGCGGGCCGGGAGGCUGGACGACGCGCGCUCGCUCAUCGGGAGCAUGCCGACGGGGCCAACGGACACGGCCUGGCGGAGCCUGCUCAACGCGUGCCGGAUCCACGGCAACCUGGAGCUCGCCGAGCGCGCGCUGCAGGAGCUGGAACGCCUUGGCGCCGUCAACGCCGGCGACUACAUAAUCCUCGCCGACAUGCACGCCAGGGCCGACAACUGGGACGCCGCCGCGGCGCGCCGGACGGAGGCGGUGGACAGAGGCCUCGCGCAGUCCCCGGGGUACAGCGCCGUGGAGGUGCACGGCGCGACGCACCGGUUCGUGUCGCAGGACAGGUCGCACCCGCGGGCCGACGACAUCUACGAGAUGCUCCACCAGAUGGAGUGGCAGCUCCGGUUCGAGGGGUACAAGCCCGACACGUCGGAGGUGGCGCAGGACGUCGACGAGGAGGAGAAGCGGCGCGUGGUCGCCGCGCACAGCCAGAAGCUGGCCAUGGCGUUCGGCCUGCUCAGCACGCCGGAGGGGGCGCCGGUGAGGGUCGUCACCAACCUCCGGAUGAGCAAGGAGUGCCACGCGUACAGCGCGCUGAUAUCGGAGAUCUUCGGGAGGGAGAUCGUCGUCAGGGACCGGAACCAGUUCCACCGCUUCAAGCGCGGCGAGUGCAGCUGCAGAAACUACUGGUGAGGGUGAGACGGCUGGUCACGGUCCGGUGGCUUCGCGUCUAUGUGAUGAUGUAAAUAUGCUCAUUUUCCUCGUUUCCAUUCAAGUGUAAAAUUAAUUCCAUUGUUGUGAAUGGUUCGCACGUUAGAACAAUUA